AUGCAGGGCUUCAAUAUGGGACGAUAUGUCCCACCGGACCAAGAAGGCCUCACCUCUGCCAACAAGCUUGCCGGCAAACAUCCCCUCGGCGCACGCGCGCGCCACCUCAGCACAACUGGUGCACUAAUAGUGCGCUUCGAAGUCCCCUUUGCAAUCUGGUGCACCACAUGCAAGCCGCAUGAGACAAUAAUAGGACAAGGAGUGCGCUUCAACGCCGAGAAGAAGAAAAUCGGCAAUUAUUACUCCACGCCGAUCUACAGCUUUCGCAUGAAACACAUUCCAUGCGGUGGAUGGAUUGAAAUCCGUACGGAUCCGCAGAACACAGCAUACGUCGUUCACGAAGGUGCGCGGAAACGAGAUACCGGCGAGGACAAACCAUUGGAACCUGGGGAGAUCGCCAUUCGGGGUCCCGGCCUAGGCCAGGAUCCGGCGGAAAAAGACCCGUUUGCGAAGAUUGAAGGUAAAAUCGAGGACAAGCGGAAGGCGGAUACGGAGGCGAGUCGGAUUCGGGAGUUGCAGGAGAGGCAAGAUCGGGACUGGGAUGAUCCCUAUGAGCAGUCGAAAAGGCUGAGGCGCACUUUUCGCGAGGAGAGGAAGGGUUUGGAAAAGCUUGAAACAAACCGUGAGGAUCUGAAAAAUAAAAUGAGUCUUGGUAUUGAUCUCGCCGAUGAAACUGAAGAAGAUCGACAACGAGCUGGGAUGGUGGACUUUGGUCAUGAUCAGUCUGCUGCUGGGAUUGAAGCAGCCCGAGCAAACCGCAGACGUCCUAUGUUUGAGCAAUUGAUUUCGAAGAAUACGGCUGAAUCUGAAAGACGUGAACGCGAAAAGAAUAAGGGCAGUGCUCGCCGGACCAAGGCCGCUGAGCUUGCUCGACGCAAAGCUUCUUUGCACCAAGAGCUUGCAGGGAAUACACGUGCCGCUAUCGAUCCGUUCUUAAAAGAUGCCAGUGAUGAUCCAAAAUCUUGGAAAUCAGCUCCGAGGCGAAAAUCGAAGCCUGCUUCGUUGCGUUCUGCUCACCGUGGCGAGACUGAGACCAGUGACACGACCGACACUUCGAACAAAAACACACCGAUAUCCAUGCCGGAAACCCUUCCAGAAUCCCCUGGCAAGAGGUUGCCAACUGGACCCCCGCGAGCAUUGGUAGACUAUGGGUCUGAUUCGGACUAG